AUGGUGGAGAAAAACGUGACUAGAGCAGUGGCGGCGAAAAGAGUCGAUGCGGGGUCACGCCGAGAAGAAGCAGUGGUAGCCGAGUCGUUAACACCAAGUAUUCCAGUAGUCAAAGCGAUCACUCAACAAGCCGCACCAGCGACUGCGGAAGAAGAUUCUGGGUCUCCAGACAAAGAUGAUGAUCCGGCAAAUACAAUGCCGUAUCAAGGCGAGCCAAAGAAACGGGUCAGAGGAUACCAAGGAGCAAACUUCGUAGACGGAUAUGUUGAUAAACGGCAAUCAAAAGCGGGUGGCUAUCCUCAAACAAGAGGCCAAGUCGCCGACUACAACCAUCAAAGUGGUUCUGGCAACAAGAAGAAGUAG